AUGGAGUUCUCUUUCGAUUUCACCAAAUCGCCGCUCUUUGAGUGCAUCUUGGUCGGCCAAUUUCUCUGCAUAUUGACGAUAGCUUCUAUAGUUGGCAUGAUCAAUGCGUUACUCGCUUCCUUGGUACUUCACAUGGGUGGCCAAAUUGAUAUAAUGAGAAAAGCCUUAGUAGAAUUAUCCGGUACCGACAAUCCCUGUGAAUCGCUACUUAUCAUCAGGGAUCUUGUUUUCAAACAUCGGAAGAUCGUUGCUCUAUCGGACAAGAUAGAAAGCGUGUUCACAGUCAUCGCGUUGCUGCAACUCCUGUGGAACACUUUGAUUAUCUGCUGCAGCGGUCUAAUGAUCGUAAUUAGUCUCAGCAGCAACAAAGGCAUGACAGUUUUGGUGAAAUCUACGCUUCUUUAUGUCGCUAAGACAAUAGAAGUAUUCGUGUUCUGUUACGCGGGAGAGUUCUUAAGGGCCAAGAGUAAGUCGAUUAGCGAUGCAGCUUACGAGUCGCUAUGGUACGACAUGUCGCCGUCUAUUAGUCGCGUUUUAUUGCUCAUGAUAGUGCGAUCCCAAAGACGACUGACAUUCACCGCCGGGAAAAUCGUUGAUUUGACUUUGGACGGAUUUAUGAGCGUUAUGAAGGCGUCUGCUUCUUAUAUGUCCGUAAUACAUGCGAUGUAUUAA